UUGAAUUUCUUUCUUCCCCCAAAUCCUCUGAUUUGCGCUCUAGGGUUUUAGGCGGAGACAAUUUCUCCGAUUAACUUGUUUACUGAUUGCGGUUAUAAAUUCAAUCAAGUGAUUUGAGAUCUGGGGCGCUGAGUUUUCCUGCUUUUUUGUGAUUUCCAAGCGAUUUUUUCAAAGGUGGUUUCUUUUGCUUUUUAAAUCUGUUAUCCCAUAAUACUGAUUUGCAGCUGUCCCAUUGUUCGGUUUCCGAAUCAUUUUUAUAGUAGUUAAUUUGCACUUGGAUUCAGAAUGUACUUGUAUGGGUGAGUUUGAUAUUGUAUGGCAAGCAUAAUUUAGUGGAAUGUUUACUGCCCGUUUUUUCAGAAAUGUAGUUGCUCAAGAGUUCAUUUAGCUCGGGGUUCUCAUUUGUAGCUGAUCAGUUUAAAAUUGUAUGAAAUGAGGUUGAAAUAUCACGUGAAAUCAUUUACAGUCAUUUAUUCACAUUUCCGCAGUUAACUUGGGACGAAGAUCAACACCUAUCUAUAAGUACAAAGUUGAAACAGUUAGAGCUACAAGAAGAUGCUGCAGAUUCGGCUGAGUAAACCAGUAAGUGAAAGCGUUGGUGCGAAUGUGAAACCUUCGUCUGUAGAUACUGUCACAGUUGCAUGUCCCGAUCAUCUUGUCUUAGCUGAUCUUCCUGUGGCCAAAAGUCUCGGUUUGCCAUGUUCAGCUGCUGUUAUCAAGAAUGUUGGUCGGAGGUCUCGUCGGCAGCUUGGUGAGCGCGUUCAUUUUUGUGUCCGGUGUGACUUCCCAAUUGCUAUCUAUGGGCGUUUGAGCCCCUGUGAGCAUGCCUUCUGUUUGGACUGUGCUAGAAGCGAUUCCCUUUGCUACCUAUGUGAUGAACGCGUUCAAAAGAUUCAAACUAUCAAAAUGAUGGAAGGAUUAUUCAUAUGCGCUGCACCUCACUGCCUCAAGUCCUUCUUGAAGAGGACUGAAUUCGAGUCGCACAUCCGUGGGGCCCACGUUGACCUCAUUAACCCCAACUGGGAAAAGGAAGUGAACGAGUCAUCAGAGGCCAUAAGCUCCCGGAAAGCCUCGGCUUCUGAGACUACAGUUCAGGCGCCUUUAAAGCCGGUUUUUUCUCCCCAUUUGAAUUCUCAGGUUAACGAUCAUGAAGACAAAAACCAGCAGCGUCCUCCGAAUAGGGACCCACCGCUUUCCAGGCCUGCCAUGCAGCUGAGGCCCAUGCCAAAUUUUUCCGGUCAAGGCCCAAAUCAUCCAUCAGAACAACAUCCCCGGACUAGUAAUCAGUUGCACGGGUUUGAUAGGGCUGCUACACAAAACCGUCAGGACUCGGGACAGGGCUCGAUGCUGGGCUACCCUCCACGGCCUGCUGGGCCCAUUACCUUCCCACCAAAUUACCAUCAGCCGUGGAAAAUGGGCCCUGCUACCGUGCCUCUGGAGCCUCCCUUGGGGCCCACAGAUGGGUUUGUGAAUACCGACCCGCAAGGCAGAGGAUUCUUUCAGGGUGAUUUCGGGCAUAAUACGGUUAAUAUGCCUUUUAACGCCCCUCAAAUGGCGGCAAGUACAAGUGUUGAGCAGGGGCAAGGCAGGAAUUUUGUGGACCCGACAGUUGUGCUGCCACCUCAGCUGGGUCAGAUGCAAAGAGGGAGGUCGUAUUCGAGUGAUGGCAAUAGUAGUAAUAAUAGCAAUCACGAUGCGCCACCCGGUACUGGCCUUGAAAUUUCGUUGAUGAAAUGCACUGCAAGAGCCAAGUACAACAACUGCUUUUGGCACUCUAGGGGCGUGCUUGAUCCCCACCAAAUCCUCCGCCUCGAUGACGCCGGCAAGCUCCACCAGCAGCUCGGUUUCCCCCGUGGCCGCAAAGUCCUCAAAUCCAUCCUCCGCCACCCACUCAUCUUCCAGACCUACCGCCACACCGACAACAAGAUGUGGCUAGGGUUUACAGACCUCAUGGACCGGCUGCUAAUCGAGGAACGGCAAAUCGCCGACGAAAUGGAGCCCCAAAGGGUCGCCGUCGUCCGUAAACUACUGAUGAUGUCCGCUAACAAUAGAAUCCCCCUCAGCAAAAUCUACCACAACCGUGCCCUUUUCGGAAUUCCAGAGGAUUUCAGGGACCGGGUUGCAAAUUACCCCGAUUUCUUCCGAAUCAUCGUCGAGGAAGAUGGCAAGCGCAUUCUUGAAUUAGUCGACUGGGACAGCUCGUUGGCCGUGAGUUCUUUAGAGAAGGAGUUCAUGGCCGAUGAGGAUAAGGCGAAACGAGCUUUCCGGUUUCCCUUGAAACACGUCAAGUCAUUGGAGCUCGAUUUAGACGACGAGCGAAAAUUGAACGUGCUAAACUCGUUGCCUUUGGUCUCGCCUUACUCGGACGGGAAAAAGCUCGAUUAUUGGACUUUGGAAGCCGAGAAGUAUCGUUGUGGGGUCGUGCACGAGUUCUUGAGCUUGACAUUGGAAAAAAGGGCUUACAUUCACAACAUUGUGGAGUUUAAGGAUGAGUUGAGCCUCACGAGACGUACGUACGAAAUGCUCUUGAAGCAACCGAGCACGUUUUACUUGGGUGGGACGAAGAUGAAUUGGUGUGUUUUCUUGAAAGAUUGUUAUAAUGAGGAUGGUGAGCUCGUCGGUAAGGAUCCACAAGUGGAGUUCAACGAGAGGCUUUACGAGUAUGCCGACAUGGAAGAAUUGGAGUCGGACGAUUGA